AGCUAAUACCUAUUACAGAAAACCCAAAAAGGACUUUGGAGUGAAUGACCUCUCACCGAAACAAGAUUAUGUACUGUUUCUGAGAUUUGAAGUUGUUGGGAAUAACGAUGGGUAUCUGCAGGCCCUCAUUGAUGGUUCCACAGCAAUCACAAUGAAUCAUCCUUGUCACAUGGAGUUAGCUUUGACAGGUUCUGGGAUUCCUGUCAUGUUAACUUUUAAUCCAGGACCAGUUAUUAAAUUUAUGGACUGUUUCUGGGGUGAAGAAACACAAGUUCUAUGCACACUCAGAAAUGAAUCCGAGUACCUGCCAGUAACAUUCAGCUUCCGUAAGACUGCUCAUUUUAAUAUUUCUCCUGGAAAAGGAAAAAUUGAAAAAAAAUCCACAAAGGAUGUUGUAUUUUCAUUUUCUCCACAUCAAAUAGGAACGCUUAAUGUGAAGCAAGUUGUCGAUAUCAUUGGUACAGGACUAGAGAAAAAUAAUUUACCAGUUUUGAAGACAAAAUCCUUUCACCAAAUAUAUUUGACGUUUAUUGGUGUAUGCAAAUCCAAACGAAAAAGUGUUCUAUUCAAAACUAAUCCUGGUAUAACACCAAUGAUUUCCAAUGCAACUGGGCAGUUUGUAGCGGAUGGCACAGGGCGGUCGCCUGAUACAGCACCUGUGGCGAUGCUUAAAUCAGCACAAACACAAAUUCAUACUCACCGGAUGAACAGGAAUUGUAAGGAUGAUGCACUUACAGCUUUUCCUAAUGACCGUGCAGCCAGCGUUAGGCCUAGUGAACGGAAUAAAAAGUACAGGACUAUUUUCACAAAGGCUGAGAGAUAUAAUUAUAUAGAUCCAGAGUUUUCUUACACUGCCUAUGAACAACUGUCAAAAGAAGCACAUAAGAAACACUACACAGACUUGAUUUCCAGUUUCAGACAACGUCGUUUACAGAAAGAUGCUGCUAGGCAGUUUUAUAUUUAUGAUAAUUCUGUGAACCUUAAACCAUCUGAAGGGCUUAUGUCACCAAAGAUGUCAAUCACAAACAUUGACAAGGAGAAGCCACUGUUCAAAACGCGUCCUUUAGAUGAGAAUUGCCUACUAACUAGUGGAAAAUUGGUAGCAUUUGAUUCUGAGUCUUCAUUCAAAGAACUUAGCGCUUUGCCAUCUUCUACCCGAGAGAAGGAAGACUGCAGUCUGACUUUGACAUCCAAGCAACUUCAUCAAAUACUCAUUGGUCCCUCUAAUAUGGAUUUUGGUGAUGUUUGUGUGCAUUCUACUGCAGUCAGAAAACUGCACAUCGUUAAUAACUUGUCAGUUCAUAUAUGGAUACAAAUUGAGAUUGAAAUUGAUGAAUUACAGCAGACGAGUCCAUUGUCUCGGGUGGUGCCUCCUCUUACAAAGACUCACAUUCCAAUUGUGUUUGAGACAGACACUCUUGGAAUGUUUAAAAGACCUUUCACUUACAUCAUAAACAACCAACACCUUGGGCAUGUGCUGGUAGUUGCAAAAGCGGUGCCUGUUGAACUUGAGCUGUCUGCAAGGGAACUGAUUUUAAAACCUGUUCCUGGCUACUUAGCAGAGGCAGAAUUUAGAACAACUGUCACGGUACGCAAUCCCAGAAACCAUGCUGCAGAAUUCACUUGGAAACCUGUCCUUAGAGAUAGAGGAACUGCAUUUUCUAUACAGCCAACCAAAGGCUCUGUUGAGGCCUACAGAGAUCUAGAAUGUGAAGUUAUUUGGCAUCCAGGGUUUAACUCUCCAGAAGCAGGAGAAUUCAACUUGUGUGUGCAUGAAGGAAAAAAAAUUAAGUUGAAAUGUUUCGCAAAGCUUGGUACUGCUGAAGUUCAGUUCCUAGAACAAAGGAUAACCUUCUAUCAUAGUCCAAUGGGUUUAUCUACUUGUAAGACAGCCAUUCUUCAAAACAUAGGAUACAAUCAUGCGUACUUCCAAGUUCUUGAUUCAAACCCAGUGCCUGGAAUGAUGAUCACCCCUUCGGAAGGUGUGGUACCUGUGGGAGGUUCUGCUGACCUCAAAAUCUGUUUCACUCCGAAUGCAAAGAUGAGUUUUGAUACAAGAGUGGAGGUAGCAGUGCGAAAUUCAAGAGUGCUGGUGCUCAGGGUUGGUGGAUUUGUAGAGAUUCCUGAAAUAAAUAUUGAUGUGGAACUGUUUGAUUUUGGUGGUGUUUAUGUUGGUUCUACAAAAUCAAUUCCCUUUUUGCUUGAGAACCGAGGACAAGCAUGUACCAGAGUGGAGUUCGAUUUUUCCAAGUAUAAGGAUUUUACAUUGAGUACUGAUGACCAUUCAGCUUGUCCUGGGACAUACUCAUCUGAAAUGUCAGUGUGUCUAAACGACAAUCCAUCGCACUACAAAAUAACAUUGUCUGGCAUUGUGAAGUCACCAAAAAUAAAUUUUGAUCCCCCCUUUUUAAUACUGAUGCCAGUUCCUCUGGAUGUGAAAACAGACACAGCCAUCAAUAUAAUUCCAAAAGAUUAUUUAAGGCAAUCACGAAUUCGAGUUGAACUUCCAGAGCUUGAACUCGAAGAUGGUGACAGGAUUUACCCUUUUUCUGUGCACUUCCCAAAAGGACAAGAUAUUGUUCCUUCAUCAGAUGGCACAAAUAAGGAACUAAUUUGUCAUAUGAGCUUCAGAUCAUCUAGGCCAGUGUCGUUUUUAGGGAAUAUGUUCUUCAUUGAUGAAGAGGAAAACAGAAGCCAAGGAGCAUAUCUUCCUCAUGUUAUGCCAGAAUUUCUGCUUGCACCUGGUGAUUAUAAGGAAUGGAUUAAAUUACAAACUGCACUGAAGGGUCAAAUGGCUGAGUUGAAGAAAGGAGAUAUGAAAAACUCAGACAUACGUAGCGACAAGAAUCUAUUCAUACUGGAGGACAGCGUAUUUGAGUUAAUGAGCAAACGAGUUUGGACAGAUGUGCUACUGCAGAUAUACAAG